GCGGGAGGGAACGAGAUGGCCAAGAAGAAGACUGGGAGGAAGAACAAGCGGAAGAGGGCCAACUCGGGCAAGCAUGCCGAUGUCUCGGACGUGAUUGAGGCGGUCCAUGCUGCCUCGGAGAUGGCGGCCCAGGGUGGACCCAUCGAGGCUCAGGAUGAUGAUGAUCUGUUCUUUACUGAUACGAAGCCGACGGCAAAGCUGAUGACCCGUGCCGAACGGAAGGCUGCUGCUCGUGCCAAGGUCCUCCACAUCGAUGCCAAGCUUAGCUCCAAGGCGGUGGCCAUUGGCGCCUCGUCGCUCUACACCGGGCGGGUGAGCGAGAACCAGAGGAAGAAGGCCGCAGCUGCUGCCAAGGCGCGGCUCCGCGAUUCAGAGGCAAUUGCCCAGCGGCGUGCAGCGAAGAACGCUGAGGCUCGCCGCCAGCGCGCGAUGGACCUCCUCCGGAAAGGCGAGAAGCCGCGGUCGCUGGCUGAGCUUGCCAAUGCCAAGAAGCUCGAGCGGCAGAAGCGGCGGGCUGUGAUCGUCGACCUGAACGAGGACGCCAGUUCGCAGCAGGUCGAAAUUGUCGACGCGUGGGCCGAGCCGGUCGGCCGGGAGAAGAUUCUCGCCGAGGAGAACGUCGACGACUACGUGGCCGACACCAUCAUGCCUGUCAAGCGGCGCAAGCUGCUGAGUGGGCACAAGAUGGUGGCCAACGUCCGGGUGGCGGCGCCGGGCCAGUCGUACAACCCGGUCACCUCCGAGCACACCAAACACCUCGUUGACGCUGCCGCCGGACAGAUCAAGCGGAACAAGGCCAAGGCCAAGCUCGACUCUGAGCUGCCUGCCAAAUCCGUCAGGGCGGUGACCGACGUCGUGUCCUCGCUCCUCCCUCUGGACAUGAUGAUGGACUCGGACGACGACGGCGCGUCCGACUCGGAGAGCCUCGACGAGGAGGCCAAGGCCGAGAUUGCCAUUGCGCGGAAGAUGCGCGAGAUGCAGGCUAACCGCAAGCCGCGGACCGCGCGUCAGCGGCGGAACAUUACUAUCAGCAAGGUGAAGAACGAGGAAGCCCGCCGCAGGAAGCUGGAGCGCCGCAAGAGGAACGAGCUCUACCUGCUCAAGAGGCUGAAUAAGGAAGUUCUCGCAGAGAUCGAGAUCCGUCGGGCCAAGGCCAGCGCCCGUGCCGCCGCCGCCGCCGCCGCGCCGGCCGCUCCGAUCACCAAGCUCGGCAAGGGUUCCAUCACCAUUGAGCCCGAGUUCCUGCUCCCCAGCGAGAUUCCGAGCUCGCUCCGCCGUCUCCCUAUCCAGGGCUCGGUCCUUGCCGACCGCAUGACCUCCAUCUACGAGCGCGGUAAGGCCGAGCUGCCCAAGGCCAAGCGCGGAAAGCCGAGCAGGCCGUGGCUCAAGACAAAGGUCCGCAUCCACAAGCGUGACGAGUGGGCCGAGCACCCGCUCAACAACGACGACGAUCUCGAGGACUCAUCGUCUGGCGAUGAAGAUCUCGGCCGCGACGAUCCCAACGCCAACCACAACGCGACCCGCAUCCCCGGCUACGGCCCAAACCAGCGGUCGUCGUCGUCGCGCGGCAGUCGCAACAACCACAACCGCAACAAGAAGCGGUAG